UCCAAAUCCACUCAAUCCCAAAACCCUAGCCAUCUCCCCGAGCAGAGCACAGGCAGGGGAGAGGCGAUGGUUCAGCUGCCGGACGAGCUCGUCCGCGAGAUCCUCCUCCGCGUCCCACCCGACGACCCCGCGUGCCUCCUCCGCGCCGCCGUCGUAUGCAAGAGCUGGCGCCGCAUGCUCGCCGACCCCGACUUCCGCCGCCGCCACCGGGAGCUCCACCCGACGCCCCACGUCGCCGGCUUCCUCCGCAUCAUACGCAACGCCAUACCCUACAUGUCCCGCUUCGAGUCUAUCGACCCCACCUUCCACCGCCCCGCCGCCCGCGACCUCCCGGGCUGGCUCGCCCUCGACUGCCGCCACGGCCGCGCCCUCUUCGCCGCCCCGGCCCCAGGCGGGAGCUACCCUGUGGCUCUGGACUUCAUCGUCUGGAACCCUUUGACGGACGAGCGCCGCCGCCUGCCCCGGCCGUCUCCCGGCCCCACGGCCCCACCCGCGGGCCGCUUCACGGUUACGGACCGCCGCCAUUUCAACGCGGCGGUACUUUGCGCUGCCACUGCUGAAGGCUGCGAUCACCGCGGUUGCCACAGGGGCCCCUUCCGAGUGGUUUUCCUCUUCAGCACCUCGACUCACACAUACGCUCGCGUGUACAGCUCUGAGAUGGAUGAUUGGAGCAACCUAACCGCUGGAAUUCCAUGCCACAACCUUUUCUUGGUCGACAACAUGCCAUCUCCGAGCGUCCUUGUAAGAGACACCCUCUACUUUAGGGGCCAUGACAACUACGACGCCUUUGAAUACCAAGUAACCACCCAUUGCCUUUCGAUGAUCAGGCGACCUGCGUCAUCAUCCCUCAUGGCCUUGGCCGAUGGUGAAUUUCAUUUCACCACUUUGUUCGAAGGUCCUCUCAGAUUAUGCGCGUGUACAAAGGAGAAAGCUUCCACUGGAACUGUGCUAUGGGUACAGGGCAGGACCUUCAACCUUGAGACGCUGCUGCCUAAAGACACGCGGACGCCAUGGUUUAAUGUGACUGGCUCCGUGGAGGGCGCAGAUAUCAUAUUUGUGAUUGUCUUCAAAUAUGCUCAUCACCGUGGUGAUGUCUACAUGGUCCACCUCAAUUCGGGGAAGAUAAAGAAGGUGUUUGAGGGUUAUAGUUAUGUCUUUCCCUACACGAGCUUCUGCAUUCCGGUGAUUGAUGAUGCCUAUACAGGCGAGGAACCAAGGGAAGGUGUUCCAAAUGCAUGACAAACUCUAGUUGCUGGUGCAAGGGCUUCCGAAUUAUGCGUGAGGUGAUGCAGUUUUCAACCAAAGUUGGAUGUGAACAAAGUUUGUUACCAAUUUCCUGUGCAUGCUCUUGGAAGUUCGGAACUGAAGAAUGCUGGACUUUUGCUUCAGUUCAUGAUUAAAGAAUGAACAGCCUUGGAACUGAACGCAUUGAUCAUUUGUUUUCUUUCACGAAAACUAAUCUUGUGAUUAAGGCAUUUUUAAGUUUAGUUAGAUCUGAACAAGGUUGUCCCGCUUUAAUAUUUGUUCCCUUGGAAGUUAAAAAAGAAAAGAAAUGUUGGAGCUAUGAUUCAGUUUAAUAAGUAUGCAUGGCAGCUCAUGAAGCGAAUGUAAGUCGAAGGGAUCCAAUGGCCUUUGAACUGAUGUCAUGUUAAUUCAAGAGAUUAUGUUCUCUUUCCUGAAAAUGAACUGUGGUCAAGUUCUGAAGAA